AUGAUCGUAUGGGUGCAGCUACCGGCACUCAAAGUCCACCUCUACCACAAAGAAAUCCUGCAUAUGCUGGGGAACUUGAUCGGGCGAACGAUAAAGCUUGACUAUCAUACCCUAACCCAGCAGAGGGCUAAAUUCGCAAGACUGGCCGUGGAGGUGGACCUGAGCAAACCUCUGGUUCCAAGGAUCUGGCUCGACGACGAAUGGCAGGCGGUGGAGUACGAAAACAUACCGGCGGCCUGCUUCGAGUGUGGUAGAAUCGGACAUGUCUCCUCCGCUUGCCCCCUCCUUCAUCCUACGACGUCUCCGGUGAAAGCGGUGCAGGCCUCCCCGGCGGCGACGACGGAGGAACAGCCGGGAUUCGGCCCUUGGAUGUUGGUGACGCGGAAGAGUCGGCGUAAUUCCCGCGACCUCACCGUGAAAGGAAAGGCGGAGAUCCCGUCCAACGUCCAUAUAGGGAAAACAGGGAAAGAAAUAGCGGGGAUCAAGGGUGAUGAAAACCUACCUCUCAACGACACCAUUAUCUCUUCCCGGAACACCAAGAGCGGCGGCCAGGACAAGAAAGGAAGGAGCGGAGUUAGGGCCAGUGGAGAUUCUCGCAAGGGGAAAGAAAAAGUGGGCUCUGAGCCUAGGUUGGAGGCGGGCCUCCUUGGGCCUGGGCCCGUGAACAAAAACAGAAAUGGAGCAGGGCCUUCCUCAGUUUCUGGAGGCCCUUCGGACAUGUCUUCAAGCCGCAAUGGAGUUACUGUGGGCCGGGACGAGCCCAAAGCUGAUUGCUCCAAGAAGGACACGGGCCCCUCUUCCCCAAGUCUGAUCCCAUUUCCAAUCUCCCACACUCCUUUAGUCCACGAGAAGCAUGGCCCAAAUGGUACUUCCCUGCAAAUAAUUGAGAUACAGCCGAGAGCUCCUUCCUCCAAAGACGAAGCGGAGACUCAAUCCCCAUCGGCGAGAUCGCGAACCAAGAAGACCAAACUGGGCAAGGAUAGACAGGCCAAAUCUCCCGCUGCGAAGCUCAAAUCAAGGAAGCCUCUUCAAGUCUGGUCACCAAUUAAAGACAGGAAGCCAAAAUCCAAAAGCAGAAUGGCUUCCCUAACUCUUCAGGAGAUAUCGGCAUGGACGGAAGCAAAGAAUCAGAGAGCCAGGGAGCUCGGCGAUGGGAACCCAGUGGCUCGGAGCAGCGAGACUUCUCCCUCAAACCGCCAGGACGUGAUGACGGAAUUGGCGGACAGCAGCCACUAG